CUGACUCUGGUCCUACCUGUCGGCCUCCAGCCCUCCACCCGGACGCUCAAGAACACUCUAGAACACCCACACUUCCGAGCACGUGCUCUCUCAGAGUCUCCGUCGCGCUCACAAAAUCGCCGCCGGCGCAUCGAUCUCGGGAACCGCGAGGCGCACGCGGCCCAACGCCCCCUCACUCCAGAUUCCAGAAACUCCUCGCACUCCUCCCUCCUUCUAGAAGCUUCCAUUUCGGGAGAGGCCAUGGACGACGACUACGACUUCCCUACGGCCGGAGGGUACGACCCCAUGGCCGCCAUGGGGAUGGGGAUGGGGAUGGGGGGUUACGGCCUCGGCGGCCCCAUGGGGAUGGGGAUGGGGGGCUACGGCCUUGGCGGCGGCGAAGACGACGAGGAGGCCAUGAAGGACCUCCACGCGGGGGCGGGCGCUGGAGCAGGGGAAGGGGAGGGGGACCACCCUCCCGCCGAGUUGAAGGUCGGGGAGGAGCGGGAGAUCGGGAAGGAGGGACUCAAGAAGAAGCUGGUGAAGGAGGGCGAGGGGUUUGACCGUCCCGGCGCCGGCGACGAGGUCGAAGUGCACUACACGGGGACACUGCUGGACGGCACCAAGUUCGACUCCAGCAGGGAUCGCGACUCCCCGUUCAAGUUCACACUGGGCCAAGGACAAGUUAUAAAGGGAUGGGAUUUGGGCAUCAAGACCAUGAAGAAGGGUGAAAAUGCUAUUUUCACUAUCCCACCAGAGCUUGCAUACGGUGAAGAUGGCUCCCCACCAGUCAUCCCUCCGAAUGCCACUCUGCAGUUUGAUGUUGAGCUUCUUUCAUGGGCGAGUAUCAAGGACAUUUGCAAGGAUGGAGGCAUCUUAAAGAAGGUGCUAUCUGAAGGAGAUAAAUGGGAGAACCCCAGAGAUCCUGAUGAAGUUUUUGUUAAUUAUGAAGCAAGGCUUGAGGAUGGAACUGUGGUGUCAAAAUCCGAUGGGGUUGAGUUCACUGUGAAAGAUGGGCUUUUCUGCCCUGCCAUAUCGAAGGCUAUCAAGACUAUGAAGAAGAAUGAGAAGGCCCUCCUUACUGUCAAGCCACAAUAUGGCUUUGGUGAGCAAGGAAGGCCAGCCUCUGGAGAGGAAGCUGCAGUGCCACCUAAUUCUACGUUAUGCAUUGAUCUUCAAGUUGUUUCCUGGAAGACAGUAACUGAGAUAGGCCAUGACAAAAUGGUCCUUAAGAAGAUCCUUCAGGAGGGUGAAGGCUAUGAUCGUCCCAAUGAUUGUGCAGUUGUCAGAGUGAAACUUAUUGGGAAGUUGGCGAAUGGUACCUUGUUUGUCAAGAAAGGUCAUGAUGGUGAGGAGCCAUAUGAGUUCAAGACUGAUGAAGACCAAGUGAUUGAAGGGCUUGACAAAGCAGUACUUAGCAUGAAGAAAGGUGAAGUGGCCUUGGUGACUAUUCCUCCCCAUCAUGCCUUUGGAGCUAAUGAAACAGAUCAAGAUCUGGCUGUAGUUCCACCUAACUCAUCUGUUUACUAUGAAGUGGAGCUUGUGUCAUUUGAUAAGGAUAAAGACUCAUGGGACUUGAAAAACAAUACUGAGAAGAUUGAAGCAGCUUCUAAGAAGAAAGAUGAAGGGAAUGUGUGGUUUAAAGUGGGCAAGUAUGCCAGAGCUUCUAAGAGAUAUAAAAAGGCUUUGAGCUUCGUUGAGUAUGAUAGUUCCUUCAGCGAAGAAGAGAAGCAACUUUCAAAACCACUUAAGAUCAGCUGCAAGCUCAACAAUGCUGCAUGCAAACUAAAACUUAAAGACUACAAGGAAGCGAAGGAACUGUGUACUGAGGUCCUGGAACUUGACAGCACAAAUGUGAAGGCCUUGUACAGAAGGGCACAGGCACACACCUAUCUUGUUGAUCUUGAUUUGGCAGAGGCAGAUAUCAAGAAAGCACUAGAAAUAGAUCCAGACAACAGGGAUGUGAAGAUGGGGUACAGGAGGCUGAAGGAGACUGUCAAGGAGUACAAAAGAAGGGAUGCCAAAUUUUAUGGCAAUAUGAUUUCCAAACUGAGCAAGGUUGAAGAUACGGAAGGCAAUGACCAUGAAAGUCAGGGGCGAACCAAGAAGCGUGGCCUUUGGUCAUUGGCGGAACUGCUUAGGAGGUUCUUCACCGCCGAUGGUACAAAGGGUUCCACACUGUGGCUUGUGCUGAGGCUGUUGAUUUUGGUGGUGCUAGUGGUUGCAAUUUGUGUGGGUUACUACAUGCAGAGUGGUGUUCAGGAAAUAGACUGCAUUAACUGUUAAUGGAGGCUGCAUUACUUGUUGACCAAGGAAGGUAUAUGUUCUUGCCUUCUCUGCGGUUCGUGGAACAAGUGUUUGUCGUCGUAUAUAUACGAGAGUAUUUGUUUAGCUGCGCGGGUUGAGGAUAAAGGAACUGUUAAAUUGUACCGAUGAACUUUCCUAGUGUAAUAUAUAUUAUAUAUACUACCAAUGAAGCUUUCAUAA